CGUAUUCAAGAUGGAGGGAAAAUCUAAUUUGACUGCUUUACCAGCUUCUACAAUUCGUUUAAUUGGCAGUACGCAAGUAAUAACAUCCGUAUACAGCGUUGUAAAAGAACUUAUAGAGAAUUCAUUUGAUGCUGAAGCAACUGUUGUGGAUGUCAAGUUGGAUAAUUAUGGUUUAGAUAAAAUAGAGGUUAAAGAUAAUGGACUUGGUAUCAACGUUCAUGAUGUACCAUUUGUUGGUCAAAGACAUUACACAUCAAAAAUAACAACACAUUCAGAUCUACAGAAUUUGAACACAUAUGGCUUUAGAGGAGAAGCAUUAGCAUCACUGUGUUCUGUAGCAGAAGUCACUGUGACGACUAAAACUAAAGAAGAUGAUAUUAGUAUUUGUUAUAGUUUAACAAACGAAGGCAAGGUCAAGAACAGUAAACCGUCACAUUUAGGCCAAGGUACAACUAUUGGUGUUAUGAAUUUAUUCAAAAAUCUACCAGUGAGAAAACAGUAUCACAACACUGUAAAAAAGAAAAAAACAGAAUUAAAGAAAAUUGAAGAUUUAUUAAAAGCCUACAGCAUCAUUAAACCAGAAAUUAGAAUAACUUUACGACAUAACAAGGAAAUGAUUGUUCAGAAGACAUCUUUACCAGACACAAAGUCAGCCAUCUUGAAUAUUUUAGGUCAUUCAGUGUCUUCAUUGCUGGAUCUAAAAGAGGAAUCUGAUUCUGAUACACAGGUAAAAAUAAGUGGUUAUUUACCUAAACCUGGAAGUGAUAUAAUGAUUUGCAGUAGAUCUAGUAAUGAUAGAAGUAUAGUAUCUGUUAAUAAUAGAUAUGUUACAAUACCAGAAAUAGACAAGUUGGUCAAACAGUAUUACAGUAAUUGUCAUGCAUGUGAUACCAACAGAUAUCCUGUAUAUUAUAUAAGUAUAAACCUACCAGCAGAUAAAUUAGAUGUUAAUCUAGAUCCUAAUAAAUCGAAAGUCUAUAUACAAGAUAUGGAUGUCUGCAAAAAAUUGACUGAAAAAAUGUUAGAGUACAUGUAUGGCCCUUUAGAUGACCAGCCAUAUUGGAAAAGACAAAAUGAACAGAAAGCCCCGGAUAUGGUUGUAGAAGAACGAAAUAAAGAAGCUCAAGAUAAUCUUAUUCAGUUUGAAAGGCAGGCAGAUAAAAUGAUAGACCAAUCAAAUCUUGAUGUAAAUAAACAUUUAGAUCUGGAGGUUUCUAUAAAUACAACUGAUAAUAAUGAUGAACCAGGUAUCUCCACCACUGAAACAUGUCAGGAUUUAAUCACUUCUCUUGACUUUGAUGAUACUUUUGAAGAUGCAGAAGAACUUAAAAUUACUUCAACAUGUGAUAUAAAUAAAAGCAACUUUACAAGGUUAAAUAAUAAGAAUGUAGCUGAUAAUGGUCCAGAAAAUAGUUUACUGGGUACGGAAAACAUAGAGAAUUAUUCAGAUCUAGACUCAUUGAGUGAUAUUAAUAAACAAGAGAACACAAUCUCGAAUGACAUUAGCCCUGUAGAUCUUGAUGUUUUAACAAACAAACAAAUCAAAACAUCAAUGAGUACAGAUGAUUGUGCUCUGGACAUUACCGAACCAUCACUUGUAGUGGGCAUGUUUGAUAUAACUGAUGAUUUAUUGGACGAAAUUUUACCAACUCAGACACCAACAAAUCGUGGACAACAGAUUGCAACAAAACCUGGUCUGCAGAUGGCAUCCAACCCUGGUCAACAGCCACCAACAAACACUAAUCAUCAGACACCUGGUCAACAAACAUCAACAAGAGUAGAAGAUAUAGAUGAUGAUAAAUGGAUAAAAGGUAGAGGUUGCAGUGUUACUGGAAAAAUAAUUCAGCCUGUGACUCUCCUUCCUCCAGGGUCAAAUCAUACCCCUGGUAAACGACCUUUAUCACCAUCCCAAAAUACAGCACCACCAGAGAAAAAACCUAGACCUGUCAUGAAUCGGAAUAUUGCCAUUGGCCAAACAACAAUGUAUGACAUCAUAGAAAACCAGCCAAUGAAAAGACCUCAAACAUCCUUUGAUCUGUACAUGAAAGAUGUCAGAUCUCAAGUGGUACAAGAUAAUCCUGAUGCAUUGUUUGAUGAUGUCACACAGAUUAUCCAGGAUUUAUGGGAUAAUUUACCAUCAGAAGAACGACGUAAAUAUAUCCACAAAGCAUCUGGGAAUAAACCCAAGCCCUUUACUGUUGUUGGUAAGAGGAAAUCAGAGGUUACUCCUAUCAGUGAACGUCUUCUAUCAACCAUGAAAAAACCCAAGAAAUAUAGACCUGGUUUACCUGUGAAGGAUAUACCCUUCUCUUUAUCUAAACUACGUAACAAAUAUAAAACUGGAUUUUUACAUAGUCAAAGUCAGCCAGAUGUUAACUGGAAGGUGAUUGGCUGCUUAAAAUCAAAUGGUAUGUGGGCUUGUUGCCAUGGUUAUAAACUGUUUCUAGGCAAUCCACACAGAAUGACAGAAGUGAUCAUACAUCAGCGUCUCAUGAAAGAUUAUUGUUGUUCAACACAACCAUUGGAAAAUCCUUUACGUUUAGAUUCAAGAUUAGUUGGUGGUGAUAAUUCCUGGAAACUUCUGAAAAAUCUGGCAUCAGAAGAAACAUCUCAUGAUCAGUAUAUUACUAUUUCUAAUAAACAUAUAGUAAAUAAUGGUUUUAAACUCAAGUGUUAUACAAAUAAAGAGAGUGAAGAAUUUAGCUGUGAAUUAAUAGAAAUAGCUAAUUAUAUACCUACCUAUAGUGUUAGAGAUUUAUGUGAGAUAUUAACGGUAUUAUCUACUACUAAUAAUAUACAACAACUUACAUUACCUCAAUCCAGACCACUUAAAGUUAUUAAUUAUCUUAAGGCAGAAGCAGUUCGAAUGACAAGAAAUAAAACAGCUUUAAGAACAAAAGAUGAAAUAGAAGAUUUAAUAGUUAACUUAACGUCAGUGUUUAAUGAUGUAGAUAAAACUGGAUGUCUACAUGAUAAAGAUAUAUUUUAUAAAGUUUAUGAUUUAUUAGAUUUACCUCAAGAUAUACAAGAUGAAUCUUAUCUUGUUACACAAUCCUAACAUAAAUAUUAAAUUUGUAUAAAAUCAUAAAUAUCU